AAUUGACAACUUAAAUGUCAAACUUAUGAGUUGUCAGUGUUAUAGUUUCUUUUCAGCAUUCAGCGAUUCAACAAAUAACAAAUUUGCCCUAGUUGGUAGAUAGCUAUAGCUCUUAAUCUCUCAAAAUGAAGGAUUUGACUUGAAUGGAAUCGAAUUUCUAGAACUUUCACCUAUCAGAUAUCUUCAGCGAUUUGUACUCUUCAAUAAUGAAAUUUAAUAGCUAACAGUAGGGUUUUCAGAAGGCCGGGACUACUCAUGAUACUGUUCACAGUUUUCUUAAGGAUGUAUAUUUUGGAUUGAAUCAAGGAGGGUUGAUGGCGGCGGUGUUCUAUAAUCUAUCGAAGGCUUUCGAUUGUGUAUCACCGAAUAUUGCUGUUAAAGCUUGAGAGAUAUGGCUUUCGAAGCCUGGCUCUUUCAUGGUUUCGAUCUUAUCUUGAUUGCCUUUAUCAACAUGUUGUGUUCUCAGGAGGAGCAAAGUCCUCAUCAUUGGAAGUUAGCUGAAGUGUCCCAGAGGGCUCUGUUUUGGAUCCUGUUUUGUUCCUGCUAUACUUUGUAUGUUCAAGUGAACAAGAUCAUUAAUAUACUUUAAUAUUAAAGUUACUAGUAUUAAUUACUUAGGUCAGUACUUAGCAGGUCAUCUAGCUAUAAGGUCUGAUGAUGCUUUAUUAGCGAAACAUGUCACCUGAUUAAUUAAAAAGACAUUUUGAGACUGAGACUUGGAGUUUUCAUUUUUUUCUCUAGUUACGUAGGUCUCUUUGAGAUAAUGGACGAGUUCUUUCAAUUUUUUUUUCUAUACUUAAUUACUACUAUAAUAAUAAAAAUAAAUAAAUAUAAUAACCCCUUAUUAAUACUAUACUUUAUUACUACUUUACUUAUUAAUGAUCUUGUUCAAUUGAACAUCGCUGGGUGCUUUACCCUUUUUGCCAACAAUACUUAGAUACUGUGGCAAGACAUAAACAUUGGGCGGCUGGAGUGAACCAUAAUUGAUGACUUAAUUAUCAUUGAAGAAUGGUUCGACUGCAAUCACUUUUUAAUGGAAAUCUCCUUCCUGGAGUGCCUGUGACUAGGUUCUUGAGAGUCCUGAUUGACCGUGACCUGCGUUAUGAGGAGCCUAUCCUGGCUUUAAGUAGGAGACUCUCUUUGGGAUGCUUUGCGGUGAGAACAGUUGGGGACGAAUUGGGUCACCGAUUGGCUAGAACUGUAUAAUUUUCUUUAUUUGAGUUAUAUUUACGGUAUGGUAUACUGUGUGGGGUAUGGCUAAUCAAGGUCUUUUAAAUAUACUAUUCACUAUUCCAAAGUGAGUAGUUAAAUUUAUUGUAAAUAUUCCUCAAAGAGAGACCUACAGAACGGACCGGGACUGGGUUAUAAAUGGGAAUUUUUUUGCAUUUGAGUAAUUAUUUUACUUUUGAAUAUUAAUUCUCUGUUACUUUUGAGUAUUAAUGCUCUAUUAUCGGAGCAAUUUCGAUAAUUGCUGAUAUUCGAUAUUGGUGAAGUCCUAUUAAAGACAUACAUGACAGAUCUCCCUCCAAGAUUUCCGAAAGGAUGGCUUCGACAGAAAUUACAAAAGUCUAUGAUUUCUGUGACUGAGCAAUUACUAAUAUACAAACUAGUGCACCAAGAGUAUUUGCAUAAAAAUUUUUACCUAGAUGAAGACAAGAAAUUAAAAUCCGAAUAGUUUGAUCAGUGGUGUUCUGAGAAUUAGAAUUGAAUUGUAAAAAUUGAGAACUGUGACAUAGACACUACCGCUCAAAAGUAUUUGCCCACAUAUGACUGUUUUAAAGUUAUAACUAAAAAUAAUAAACCCAUCAGUUAUUCUUAUGAAACGGUUUAUUUAUAACAAAAUGAAUAUAAACAAUAUUUGCCCGAUUUAAUACAUUUUUCAAUUAAUUAAAUUUAAGAAAAUCAAAUUUUGGGUUCCUCUACAUGUCCGCCUCGAUUUUUAAUAACAGCUUCACGGAGUUUCGGUAGUCUUCUAAUUAAUUUGUCCAAAGUUUCCUGAGGUAUCUUGUCUUGGAUGAUCCUCCACAAGUCUUCUUUUGAUUUGGGGCAUGAUUUUCGCACUUGUCUAUCUAGUUCAUCCCACAGUAAUUCGAUAGGAUUGAGGUCCGGUGAUUGUGGGGGCCAUACCAUCACUUUCAGAAGAUGUUGCCUUUGUAAGUUUUCCCCAAUUAUUCGAGUACCAGAAGGAAGUACAUUGUCACUUAAAAUUAUUUUGUAGCCUUCUUUUCGAAGAAUUCCCUCUAUUCUAAUUAGAUCGCCCACUGCAGAUCCUCCGAAACAACCCCACACCAUCACCGAACCACCACCGUGUUUAACUGAGGCCACCGUACAGUUUUCAGCGACCCUUUCAUUGGCAUAACGGCGAACAAAAACUCACCUCUUCGUUCCAAAAACCUCGAAUUUCGACUCGUCACUCCAGAGAACUCUCUUCCAGUCCUCAAUGGUCCAUUUUUUGUGUGAUUGGGCUCACUUAAGUCUUUUCUUCUUAUUAACAUCCUUCAGUAGCGGUUUUGAUACAGCUAAACGUCCUUUAAGACCAGCAUUAUAAAGUCGCCGUUUUACUGUCGAAACACUGACCGCUUUUUUACGCUCCUUGUUGAUUUUUGCUGUGAUUUUAGGGGCGGUAAGGCGUUAUUCCGUUUGCUUGUAAUUAUAAUAUUUAAAUCCUCCUUUGAACUUGUUGCCUUUGGCCUUCCCGAUCGAGGUUUAUUGCUAAUAGUCCCUUCUCUGGUAAAUUUCCUAACAUUAAAAUCGAUAGUCCGCCUUGGAAUUCCCAAAUCCGUCGAAAUUUGACGGUUAGUCUUUCCAGUCUUAUGCAGUCCAAUGAUAAUACCUUUUGUUUCUACCGAUAACUCUUUUACUCUAGCCAUUUUAAAGAAUGUUGAAAAACCAGCAAAGAAACGGUGACAAUCGUCAAUAAGCAAGCGAAAUUAUUUACCAAUAUUCAAUUCUUGAAGACUAAACACCUUUAAAUGUUUCAAAUUUCAUCGGAAACGAGCUGUAAACAGAUUAGUUUUUUAGAAAAAGUGCAUAUUUUCACUACAUUGUUUGUUAUUUGCAAAACUAUUUUUAAAUACUCAGUGUUUUUCAAUGAACCAUAGUUGAUAGGUAUGCUGUUUAAGCAUAUAUGCAAUUUACAAAAGAGAUACAAUCUAAAUAUAGGUAUAAAGGUAAGAUUUUUGUAUCUAAUUUAAAAUAUUAAAAAGAAUACAUGGUGGGCAAAUACUUUUAGCGGUAGUGUAUGUCCAAAAUAGGACUGAAUCUGUAAUUAUAUCUUCGGAAAUGAUUGAACACAUCCAAAAUUCACCUCAACCUUAGAAAACACUUAGGUGUGUCAUAUUUGAAAAAUUUACUUGUCCUCUGCUCUGUGUAGUUGCACAAUCAUUGGAUGUUUGCACGCUUGUAAAAUAAUUUAUUAACACAUGAUAAAAGAAAGUCGCAAAAAAAUAUACAAAAAGCUAUAAAAUUUAUAAAAAACUUUAAAUUAGAAGAAAGUCAUGAGGCUGAAGAAAAAAAAUGAUCAGAUGGUGAAUGAACGACAUAAAAUGUUGUAACUAAAAAGCAUGUACAUACUUUCUAGUUUAGAUAACAAAACAGAAAUGACUUACUUGACAAGGGACCUAUUAUUUUUACAGAUAAUUUUUAUGCGACUGUAGCUUUGGCACAUGCUCUACUUGCCAGGAAUACUCACUUAGUUGGUACUCUCUGAUCAGAUCGAAAAAUUAAUCCUAAGCAAGUUGUUGGCAAAAAGCUCAGGAAAGGAGAAACCGGGGCAGCUGAAAACAACUCAACAAGUGUAAUUGUCCAAAAGUAGAAGGACAAAAGAGACGUGCUUACGUUAUCCACAAAACACACUAAUGAGUUAGUAACCAUUAGGGCUGGCAAUGAUGAAAAAUUCCGAAAACCUGCUGCCAUUUUUUGACUACAACAAAAACAUAAAGCCUACAUUGAUCUUUUUGCAGUGCUUUGGUAAAUGCACAUAUUAUGUAUCAAGAAGUGGCGAAUGAAAAACUGUCCAUCACAAAGUUUAAGCAGGAGGUCGUAAACAGUCUCUUAGGUCUUGAUAUUAAGCAACCCAGGCAAAAUGUGGUGGAGUUGGGAAAAUGUUGUGGGAUUUAGAAGAGAGUCAACAUUCCUUGGAAGAUGUUGGUAACAGACGACGUUAUUUGUUAUGAGAAGCUUCAAAGACAAUCUGGACGAUCCGAAGCUCAAAAAAAAGCUUCUCGAACAAAACUAAAGUGCCCGUCAUGUGAAAAAGUUUUUUGCCUUGAAUGCUUUAUUCAGAGACAUAACUGUACUAAAUAAUUUUUAAGUGUUUGAAUUUGGGUGUAUUUCGUUUAUUUUUUUAGUUUUCUUGCUUUUAUGUUGUAUUUUAAUCAAUAAAGAUGUUUAUUUUCUAUAUAUUUUGAUUUUAUGAAUGACUUAUUUUUGAGGCCAUGAGGCUCCACUGUCGAAUCUCAAAUUCAAAAACCAAAACUAGCGUCAGACAGUCACAGCCUCGCUCUUUCAGUUUCAUAUAACUUAUAUAAGACGCCGAUCAAGGCUUAUGCGCCUGUAAGACACAAUUGAGACACCACAUAUAUGUCACGCGACUAUUAUUCAAAGUAAUAUGAGAUACCACAUUUAUGUCCCACGGCAGUUAACGUGUUUUAAAGGCCCUGUAUAUUUUUGUCAAUUAUUUUCCACCUUCUCCGCUCAUGUUGUAUCUCUUCACAUCUAACACUUAACAGGUUAAUGGUAAACUAAAUUCAUAUUUACGCCCAGCUACAAGUCUAGGCUACAAUAGGGAAUAUACAUUUUCUGAAAUGAUGUAUCUGUUGAUGAUGUAUCUGUUAAUGAUGCAUUAAUCAUUCAAAACAUGCAAUUGUCGAAUGAUAAUAAUGUGUGAACAUCAUACAAUAUUAAAGUGUGUAUUGAACGUCACUAAAAUGCUACACAGAAGACUUUCUAUUUAUUUAAAAUGUGUUCUUACCCCUUCGCUAUGCAGGAUGGGGUGAGACUUCUCUUUCGGGACAUAGUCGUACUGAAGUGACCGUUUCAGACUGCUACUGCUUUUACACAUUUUUACACCAGUCAUUUUCAGCUCCAAGCUCGCAAGAUUUUAGACGAACUUUACUAAUUAAAUAUGGCUGCCACAUACCACUCCCCUCGUGUUUUCCGUUAACUCAAGAACUCUAGAUUAAUAGGAAUUUUUGCUCACAGCGCCUAUUUCCGGUUGUAGCAACGACUUUUCCGACUGCCUCGAAGGGAAUUCGAUUUCCAGAAUCGGGGUUUCCACCCUUUUUCCGCCAAAAGAACCAAGCUUCGAUGCGAACACCAUGAUUGUUAAAACCAAACUUUUCUAUAACUUUCCUUCUGACAUAUCGAGUUUAUUAGCGGCCUCGGGAGACCGCUAACAAACGCUUAAAGCUCCUUAGGGUACAAACAUAGUGGAACGACGAGGCUAGAGGCACAGCGACGAGGUAAGCGACGAUAUAAGCGACGUGGCAGGAGACAUACACAUAGUAAGGAGACAGAAGUCGCGAUUAAUUGCGACUCUUCAAAUUCAAUUUAGUCAAAACAAUGUUUUCCGACAGUGAAGAUGAAAUUUUAUUUGACAAUGCCGCGCUUCGCGGACUUAUUGUAAUGGGAGGUUUAAACAGAACUUGCUCUGUACAUCCCAUUAAUAAAUCGCGCAAACGAUUUGGGCAGUAUCAUACACUAUUUUUUGAACUCAAGCAGCAUCCGGACCGAUUUUUCGAGUACUUGAGAAUGGAUAUUGCUACUUUUAACUAUAUUUUAGAAAAAGUGUCUCCAUGUCUACAAAUGAAUUGGACAAACUACAAUAAACAACCCAUUGGACCGGAAGAGAGGUUGGUUAUUACUUUAAGAUAUUGUGCUACAGGGGAAUCUUUCAAAAGCCUAUCAUUCACUUUUCGCAUGGGAGCUACAACAGUUGGAUCAAUUGUUAAAGAAACUGUUAACGCGGUAUGGAAUAUAUUACAGCCAAUACACUUGCCAGUUCCAACACAGGAUGAUUUCAUUAAAAUCAGUGAAGAUUACAUGAAAAUCUGGAAUUUUCCCAAUUGCUUAGGUGCAUUGGAUGGCAAGCACGUAAAAAUUAAAUGUCCCAGUCAUUCAGGAAGCAUGUUCUUUAAUUAUAAAAAAUUCUUCUCGAUCGUUCUUCAAGCAGUCUGUGAUGCAAAUUAUCGCUUUACUGUCAUAGAGGUGAGAGGAUAUGGACGACAAUCCGAUGGGGGUACUUUUCAAAGUUCGGCUUUCUCUAAAUUACUUUCAAAGAAACAAUUAAAUGUACCAACUGAACAGUCUCUACCACAUACGCAAAUUCGAAUGCCAUUUGUUUUCAUAGCCGAUGAAGCAUAUCCACUACAAGAAAACUUGCUUAAACCCUAUAGUAGACAAACUCUGAAUCCUGAAAGGCAGUACUUUAACCAGCGAUUAUCUAGAGCUAGGAAGACAAUUGAAUGUUCAUUUGAUAUAAUAUAUGCAAAAUGGAGAAUAUUAUCGAAAGCCAUAGAAACAAACGAACAACUCGCCGACAUUACAAUUAAGGCAAAUUGUCUUUUACAUAAUAUUAUCAUGGAUAAAGAGGGUUUCGAACAGUGGCGAGGCGUAUGAGUAGACAAGGUAGACACUGUCUACCCAAAAUUAUCCAGUUAUUUGUCAUUAAUUUAUCACGUAAUUAUUUCAUAUAAUUGUUGAGCUAAAAUUAAAAAAAAAUUAACACAGAACGUAGUCGCUCUCCUUACUAUUAUUAUAUAGCAUCUAAACAUGAUUAAUCCGAAGGCCUGACGCACCAAUUAAAAUAAAAGUGCAGGGCUGACACCCAAUUAAUGUAUACGAGACCCAGAAAGACACAUUGAUAUUUGUCUUCCGAAAUUUGGAGCAUCUAAUCGAACCAAAUACGCAUCAAGCAGGUGACAGAGGUCCGGUCGCAUCAGUGUUUGCGAAAUUUAACUCGCGGGAAAGACAUUCGAGGUUUUGUCUAUCAAAGUCGACCAGCUAUUUUAUUAUGCUGUUGAGGGUUAUUGUUUAUGGAUACGGUUGAUCUGGUCGGCCGCAAUACAUCUUCAGUUUUGUUUUGUUUUGAUGAAUCUGAUGAACGACUGUUCGAUAUUGGCAAUUGUAUUUUAGUUGUGUUUUUAUUUGUCUUUAAUUAAUUUUAAAAUAAUGGAUAUUAUGGAUUUAUAGGUAAUGGUUAUACCUACGUUGUGUUUUUUUGAAAGUAGUAUUUAUUUUUAUCCAUCUAUCUCUUUAUGCUAGUAGUAAAUAUUUUUUUCUUUUUUAUAUCACUACAUAGUUUUUCUCUUUGAGUUAAUAUUUAAUGCGCUUUCAUUCUCUAUUUCAUUAAAGUGAAUAAUAUUGAAUACACAUUUUUUUCUAAUUAACAAUUUUUAUUGAUUGUCUACCCGAAAAAAAGUUCACGCUUCGCCACUGGUUUCGAAAGGCAUUUAAAAUUGGUCACAGAAAGUCCUGCAAAUAAUAAUUUUACAAGACCCAAUUGGAAUGCAAGAGGUCGGGUUCCCAAUCAAGCAAUUUUUAUUCGUGACACAUUUAAAGAUUACCUAAAUAAUUUCCCUAUUCAAUAUAAGUGACUCUGUAUAUAAAAUAAAGGUAUGUACUUAAAAUUUACUUGCCUGUUAUUCCACAUUCUGUAGCUACUUGUGACCAAAGCUCAUCUAAUACAUAACGGUUUCUAUGAUCUGGAUGAGAAGCAUUCCAUAAUGCACGCCUGUUGAACACGCAGGUUAUUAUGUUUACUUGCUCAGCCAUUGCGUAUAUGCUGUACCAACAAACAACCUUUUCUAAACCAAAACAUGCAAAAACCAAUCAAAACCGUCCCGUAUCAACGCGACAAUAAAUGCAAAUUUUAUCUCGACGCGCACCGCGUCGCUUUUCUCGUCGCCUAGUACCGCGUCGAUCUCUUUACUAUGUUUGGCUUCAUUACAAUACACGAUGAAAUAAAAGCCGCGUCGCUUACGUCGUCGCUGUGCCUCUAGCCUCGUCGUUCCACUAUGUUUGUACCCUUAUUCGUUCGAAUCGCAUACCUUUAAGACGCUUACUCGCUAAAAUAUGCCGUUAAGCUUGUGACAAAUCACAUGUCAAACGUCAGCAGCGUCAACUUCAUUUGCAGUUAAUAAAUCUUUUGUUGGCAAAACUGAAAAUGUUCAGAGUGACCAACACCAAAAGGACACAACCACCACAAAAUAUCCCCCCUAUUACUAAGAAAUAGAACUGGCACUGCAUCUGGCUUAAGCCCCCGCCUUGAGCCAUAUUGCCUUUGUUCAGGCAGAAAAUUUCUCUCACACACAACACAACUUUGGUAUAAAGUAUCAAAAGGCAUUGUCAUAAGCUUCGGAUCGUUCACUUUUUUCAGCCACUCGUCAAUCCAAUACUUAUGGUUUUUAUUGGGAAAACGAAAAUGACUGCCAUCUUUAUUGCAGCAACCCGGUACACAACAUUUUUUUUUUAAUUCUUUUUUCACCAGCAAAAUAUGGCUAUUCUUUAACUCACAAAAAAACUGUAAAUACACACAAAAAGUAACUUUCAAUAAGCAUUUAAAUCCUUUAAAGAAAACACCACUCAAUAAUCUCGGUUAAAGCGAGUAAAAACGUACAAUAACAAGACACGUAAACAAAGAAACUAAUCAAUAUGGCGGACUGAGUGGCGAACUUACGACUUUACGAUGACUAUAGCGCUCCCUGGCGACUGACCGCAUAAGUCUUUAUUAUUUCACGGGAAUGCGCAUUUAAGUGAAAUUUCUAAAGGGGGAUAUUUUAUGACAACCACUGGCGUAAAAAUGGCGACUACCAGGAAGUGGUUAUUUUUGAUUAUGGUGAUCAUUUAUUUGCAUUGGCAGUCUAGAUAUAUUUAUUAAGUUCGUGAGAGCAAUUGAUAUGUAUAAAUGUAUCUUGUGGAGCGAUAUACAUGAUAUGCAUUGCGUAACGAUAAAGAAUGCUCACCAGUAUGAAUUUGCUACCGAAUUACCGUCUCCUGAGGAAACUCAGGGGACACGAAAGAAAGAAAAAAGAACAUUUCAAACUAGAAAGAACGCUUUAUUUCGUAAGAAAAGUACAUCUGCACAGUAAGAUCUUGUUUUUUUGAUAAAAAUUUUUUCUUCUUUCUU